CUGCAGCUCGUAUCCAAAACAUCUAUCUAUAGUACGGAGUACGAGAGAGAGAAAGAUGUUUAACUCGGUGAAUCUGGGCAACUUCUGCUCCCAGACGCGCAAAGACCGGACAUCCGAGUUUGGGGACAGGACGGGCUGCGCGUCCAACAUCUACCUCCCCAGCUGCACCUACUACGUCCCAGAGUUUUCUGCCGUGUCCUCGUUUCUUCCACAGGCCCCUUCCCGGCAAAUCAGCUACCCUUAUUCCACAAAUCUCUCUCAAGUACAGCCGGUACGGGAAGUUUCAUACGGCUUGGACCCUGCUAGUAAAUGGCACCACAGAAGCAAUUAUGCAUCGUGCUACUCGGGAGAGGAUCUGGUGCAUAGGGACUGUCUUCCACCAUCCACCAUGACAGAAAUGCUUAUGAAGAACGAGAAUGUGUACAGCCACCACCACCACCAUCACACCCAUCCGGGCUCCAAUCACCCCUCCACAGGUUUUUACUCCGGCGUGGGGAAAAACAGCGUCCUCCCGCAAGGUUUCGACCGCUUUUUUGAGACCGCAUACUGCAGCAGCACGGACAAUCAGUCAGACAAUUGUUUACAAAAGGGCGAGGGAGGGAAGCUGGAAAGCGACUCCCAGCAGCAGCAGCAGCAACAGCAGCAGCCCAUAGCCUCUGUACUCGGAGCCCCGGAGCAGGAAAAAGACCCAGAAGAUGAGGAGGAACAUACAAAUUCAGGCUCAUGCACUUCUUCCUCCGCAACAACCAAGGACGGCACCGCCAACAAGAGCAGCCACUCGAGCACUCCUCGCACAAGGAAGAAGAGGUGUCCAUAUUCCAAGUUUCAGAUUCGAGAGCUGGAGCGGGAAUUCUUCUUUAAUGUUUACAUCAACAAAGAGAAAAGGCUUCAGCUUUCCCGAAUGUUAAACCUCACCGACCGUCAGGUUAAAAUUUGGUUUCAGAAUAGAAGAAUGAAAGAGAAGAAGCUGAGCAGAGAUCGCCUCCAGUACUUCUCUGGAAACCCCCUAUUGUGAGCAGGAGCAGAAAGUGUCACAAUCUUGGUCAGUGACAUUAAGGCCUACUCUUAUCUCAUUGAGUUGUAAUCGUGGGCAUAACCAUUUUCUAAAGGAGCCCAUAUCACCAACAGUGCAAUGUUAAAGUGGACAGUGGGAGUAAUAGGCCUGCAUGGGAUGAAGUCGCCAUUUUCGUAUUGCCCCACGGGCGACGGUGAAUUUCUAGCUGGUCCCCAGAAAGGCCUUCAUGGUUAGAAUAAUCAUUUAUACCUAUGCUGUUCUUGAAUAUGUCUCUAUUUAUCACGAUUCUCCAUUGUGUUUAUUCUAUUGUUCAUAUAGACAUACUUGUUGUUAAAAUAUCAAAUGUAACAACCAGUUUGAAUCCUUAUUGCGCAGACAACUUUUAGCUCUUCCCCGUUCCUCUGGUCUAUGUAUAUAGCAUAUCAUUAUCUAAUUAUUUCUCGACCAGAGAUAUGAACAAGUUAUAGCAAAUCUCCUGGCUACAUUUUUCGCCAUUAAGAACUCUGACGUCCAAUCUGUGAAAGUAUAUCCCCCUGUACAGAGCAGCCUAUGCAAUGUGCAUUUGUGACUGUAAAUAGGCGUAUAUGUUGAAUUUCCUUUCCCCUAUCCCUGCUGCUAUUUUUCACUACACUGCCCAUACAACUUUAACAGCUUUAACGCCAACACUCGUUAAAUUAUUUGCUUAAAACAUUGGUGCUUUGGAUUCCAGAGAGGAGGAACAGAUUGUUGGCCUGUGUAUCAUUAAUAUAAUACAUAUGAAAUAAACAGAA